AGAUGCCAAAGGGAGGCGCCUCAAAAUCGACUGGUGAAGGGAGCGUGCUUGGCGCCCGCUUUCUUUGCCUCGAAGCUCCCCAGAAAGUAGGCACAGAAGGGAGACGUCACUACUUUCCAACGGGAAGGGAGGGCUGGUAGUCAAAGCUCGCUCCGUGGUUCUGGGACGUGAGGAAGAGAGGUGGGCCAGGCCCACCCCUUAGCGACUCCCUCCGCGACGGGAGGCGAAGAGGGCUGGCCGGCUCCAAUUCCACAUCCUUCCCCGCGAGGGCCGGAGGAGGAGCAACAACCGCGGCAGCAACUGGCCGCUCGCACAUGCAGCAGCUUCGGCGCCGCCUCCCGGCCAGGUCUUCCAGCGGGGGACCUGCUGCUGGCGCCGCUCUCCGCUCCCUUUCACAUCCCGCUAAUUUCCCCGUUUAGCGUCUCGGAAAGUGCUGCCGGCGGGUGAUCCCCUUCGCCCCGGGGAGCCAGCCGUCCAGGGUCUGCGCCCCACCCGCCUUGCAGCCGCUCUUUUAACUCCCCACCUCUCCGGAACCUUCCCGAGCGCUCCGGGUUGCCUCCUGAGGUGGGUCGGCUGUGCAAGUCCUACUCCAUCCGAGCCCCUUUCGGAGGAUAGUUCUGCGGCGGCCACAGUCGCGUCGCCUCGCACUUCUUCUGCCCUUUCCUUGAAACGGAGGUGUGCAAAAAGUGAAGCCUUCCCGACAAAGCUGAGAAUUCUUCAUGUCCAGCAGAUCUAGGAGGCAGGAGGCCGGAGAAAUCUGCAAUAAUGCAAGCCCUGGCAUUUGCUGUUUUUGCAUCUGAAUACCUGAAGCAUUUCUGAUUAAGGGAGAUGUGAUUGGUGCCCAGGAUCAAUAUGCAAGACACUAUUCUGACAGCAAUUUUGAUGGUCACAAGUCUGGAGAUAAUAUGUUUGGGAGGCAUGGCAGUGGAAGAUUCCCAGUGUCAAAGGUUUGAGCAUCCCAUUGUUACAAGUGAGGAACUUGCUCCUUGGUUACAUGUGUUCAGAUCGGAAAGUGCUGUUGACUUCUCUCAAAUAACAUUUGAUCCAAGACAAAAAGAACUGAUUGUUGGCGCAAGGAACUACUUGUUCAGGCUGCAUAGUGAGAAUCUUUCUCUAAUCCAGGGUGUGGAAUGGCGUUGUGAUGAGACUACUAAAAAAGCUUGUUAUAGCAAAGGCAAAUCAACGGAAGAGUGCCAGAAUUAUAUCCGUGUUCUCCUGAUUGGUGGAGAUAGACUAUUUGCAUGCGGAACUAAUGCAUUUACACCCAUUUGCACCAAUCGGACGCUGAGUAACCUGGAGGAGACACAUGAUCAGAUCAGUGGUAUGGCACGCUGUCCUUAUAGCCCCCAGCACAAUUCUACAGCUCUCCUGGCAAGCACUGGUGAAUUAUAUGCAGCAACUGUCAUGGACUUUCCAGGGAGAGAUCCUGCAAUUUAUCGCAGUUUGGGUAUUCUUCCUCCACUUCGGACUGCACAGUACAACUCUAAGUGGCUCAAUGAACCAAAUUUUGUAUCUUCAUAUGACAUCGGAAACUUCAUCUACUUUUUCUUCCGAGAGAAUGCAGUGGAACAUGACUGUGGGAAAGUAGUUUUUUCUCGGGCCGCUCGAGUUUGUAAGAAUGACAUUGGUGGCAGAUUUUUGCUGGAAGAUACUUGGACCACCUUCAUGAAAGCUCGUUUGAAUUGCUCCCACCCUGGAGAAAUUCCAUUUUACUACAAUGAAUUACAGAGUACGUUCUUCCUGCCAGAACUGGAAUUAGUCUACGGGAUCUUUACCACUAAUGUGAACAGCGUAGCUGUUUCAGCUGUUUGUGUGUUCAACAUGACUGCCAUAAUUCAGGUCUUUAGUGGGCAAUUCAAAUACCAAGAAAACUCUCGUUCUGCCUGGCUUCCUUAUCCCAACCCUAAUCCUAAUUUUCAGUGUGGCACCAUGGAUCAAGGCCUGUAUUUGAAUCUGACAGAGAGGAAUCUCCAAGAUGCCCAAAAAUUCAUUUUGAUGCAUGAAGUGAUCCAACCGAUCACACCAGUUCCUUACUUCAUGGAAGACAAUAGCCGCUUUUCUCAUGUGGUUGUGGAUGUGGUACAAGGAAAAGAAAUGCUUUUUCAUAUAAUCUAUUUGGCCACAGAUCCAUUACAUUCAUUUGUUUAUACCACAGAGCAUAAAUAUACAACACUGAAAGAACUAUUAAAAAAGAGGAAUUUGACUGUGGAUGGCCAUUUUGGUUCCUGGUCAGAAUGGAAGCCUUGUACACAUGUAGAUGGAUCAAGUGUAGGCAUUUGCCUCUGUAGAACACGCUUAUGUGAUAAUCCAGUUCCAAAAUGUGGGGGUCGCCACUGUGAAGGGUCAAGUAUUGAGAUUGUUAACUGCUCUAGAAAUGGAGGGUGGACUCCAUGGUCAGCUUGGUCUCCUUGCAGCACCACUUGUGGAAUAGGCUUUCAAGUACGUCAACGUUCCUGCAAUAACCCAAGCCCUCGCUAUGGAGGACGUGUAUGUGUUGGGCAGAACCGUGAAGAGAGGUAUUGUAAUGAGCAUUUGUUGUGUUCUCCGCAUAUGUUCUGGACUGGCUGGGGUGUAUGGGAGCGAUGUACAGCCCAGUGUGGAGGAGGCAUUCAGGCUCGCUACCGAACAUGCGAAAAUGGUCCAGAUUGUCCGGGUUGCAGUGUUGAAUAUCAGACUUGCAAUACCAACCCUUGUCCAGAACUGAAGAAGACAACUCCUUGGACUCCGUGGACACCAGUGAAUAUCUCUGACAAUGGUGGGCACUAUGAACAACGAUUCCGAUACACUUGUAAAGCACGACUUCCUGAUGCAAGUUUGUUAGAUGUGGGAAGGCAAAGGAUUGAAAUGCGCUAUUGUUCAAAGGAUGGCGCCACUGGGUGCGCAACUGAUGGCGAUCUUUUGCAUUCUGGGCAUCGCUCCACUCACACUAUCAAUGGUGCUUGGUCCCCCUGGUCUCCAUGGGCUCAGUGUAGUCGUGACUGCAACAGAGGUAUUCGGAACCGCAAACGAAUUUGCAAUAAUCCUGAGCCAAAGUAUGGGGGAUUGCCUUGCCUGGGACCUCCCUUGGAAUACCAAGAAUGCAACAUCCUUCCAUGCCCGGUUGAUGGAAGUUGGUCCUGUUGGUCAUCGUGGUCUAAGUGCUCUGCUACUUGUGGAAGUGGCCAUUAUAUGAGGACUCGCUCCUGUACAAACCCAACACCGGCUUAUGGAGGUGACAUCUGUUUAGGGCUCCACACCGAAGAAGCACUUUGCAAUACAGAACAAUGCCCAGAUAGUUGGUCAGACUGGUCAGGCUGGUCAGGCUGCGAUGCAUCUGGAGUCCAGGUCCGCACUCGCCAAUGUAAUGUUUUAUUUCCUGUGGGUCACCAGUGCUCUGGGAAUAUGACUGAAAGUCAGCCGUGUGAUUCCGAUUCCAACUUCAUACCAGAUAUAACUGUUGCAAGAACCAGCAGUAUCAAAGAAAAAAGAUGUGGUGAAUUUAAUCUGUUCCACAUGACUGCUGUGGGGCUGAGUAGCUCAAUUCUUGGGUGCCUUCUGACUCUUCUGGUUUACACUUAUUGUCAGCGAUAUCAGCAACAGUCUCAUGACGCUACUGUCAUUCAUCCAGUAUCCCCAGCACCUCUGAACACCAAUAUCACCAAUCACCUCAACAAACUGGACAAGUAUGAUUCUGUAGAUGCCAUUAAGGCAUUUAAUAAAAAUAAUCUCAUCCUAGAAGAACAAAACAAGUACUUCAAUCCACAUCUCACCGCAAAAGCAUAUUCCAAUGCCUAUUUUACAGAUUUGAAUCACUACGAUGAAUAUUAAAAAGGCAUCUGCUAAUUUCAUACAGGUCUCCAAGAUGUGAACCCUCUGUGUGAAUAUCAAAUUGUUAAUACCAUGUUGUGGCCAGCUUUAACACAACAGGAAGCACUCAGUUGUGUUGGUACAAUCUUGCAGUAAAGAAACAACUUUGGUAAUGCAAUAUUUGUAUUGUGUUGUACAUUGGAAAUAUACAGAGAAGAAAUGAAAUGUCUUGUGUAGGAUACUUUGAGGCUUGCUACCAUCCUACUAAUUCAUCUCCUCAGUUUUUCAGAUAUGUGUGGGAAGGGCCAUAGAUGCCUCCUAGAUGCAGCGUUCUCAUUUGCCUAAGAGACAACUCUUCCAUGAAUGGGAGGCCUAAAGAGAAAAGAUAACAGAUUAUUGAAUGGAAUUACUCUUAGCAGAAGCCUUAAGCACUUCAUCCUUCAUGCCAGAUUAAGAUAUUGAUGCAAUAUGACCUAAAGAAGCUGGUAGCUUGUAUGGCUACACCAUCAUGGUGCAGGCUAUGUAGCUGACAUGUGCCACAGAGGAACAAAAGAACAAGCAACAUAGCAAAUCUAGAAAUAGGCAGGCACUGUUUGUUUCAAUCGGCCAGGAUGGGACAAUUCAUAGAAAAUAAAUAAGGGCUCACUGAAUUCUGCAUGAUAUUGACAUACAUAGAGUUCUGUACCAAGCAAGAAUGCCUGCAUCUUGGGGACCAGUUUGCAGCCUGUAUGUAAGGAUCCACCUGGAAUGUUCAUUAUGUAAUUGACAAACUGUGUUUUGUAUUUUUGUUGCAUUUAUGUACUGAAAGAAAAGAUAAGAACUGCAAAAGGGAAACCAAAACAGCAACAAAAAAACUUACUCUAAGCAUAUCAAACUUCAAACAGCUCAUUUUUUAAAACUCAGCCCUAAACAUUCUCUAUGGAAUAAUAUUGUUCAAUCGUUCUAUUACAACUCUAAAAAAAACCAGGGUGGCAUUCUAUCUUUCAAAAGAGUAAAUUGUUUUGCAAUAUCCUCUGUCUCCUUCUCUGCCUUUAAAUUGUUUAUUCCCUUGAAUAUUUUAGGCCAAUAUAAUUUCAUUUUUUACACUAAUUUUCCCAAAGACUUUCUGGGUACCCCUUGUUUUGUUAAUGUUUCCCUAGGAGGGCAUAUCCCCCAAUUUCUAAACGUUGCUGUAUUUUAUUUUAAGUUUAUUGUAUAUCCACCAAAUUAAAUUCCCACCUCCAAGUUUCAGAACUAAAUUUAGUUGAAAGAGCCAGCAAAGGGUCCCAAAUGUUACUGAAAUCUCCAGCCUUAAUUAUCCACCAGUAAAAUAAAAAAAAUUGUAAAAUGUUUAGAUGGCACUUAUUGAAUUAAUGAGUAUGAAAUAUUAUAUAAAGAAUAUAAUGUGAUUGUUAAAACUUUUAAAUGCCAGUAUUAAUUUUUUUGAAGUUUUACUGAUUUAAAUUACUCUACCCUGGCAGAUUAUACUUGAUCAAGACAUGUUUUGAAUAAAAUAUAUCUCUUGUAUAGAAAAAUAUAGAUGGGAGGGGGCCCAGUUGUUUUAAAAAAAGUUUUUGAUUUGGCAAGCAAUUGUUUUUUAAAAGUCCAUCUAAGAUUUUUUGUUUACAUUCCAUGAUAAAGACAACAUACUUUUUUAAAAAAAACUCAUUAAAAUAUAGCCAAGGAAUUUUUAAAAAAUUGAGACAUCCUAUUUAGGAACUAAAAUCUCCAUGAUAAAUCAAAGUACAAAAGGAGAAAAACUUUAAAAAUGGACAGAAAAUUUUAAAAAACUGAAAAGAAACUAGUGAUAAUCCUAGUAAGUAAGAGGUGUUGAAAAUAUAUAGAACACCCCUCAGCACAAGCCAAGUGGCUGUUCAAUCUCUAAAAGAAAUGAAAAUAAAAAUGUUAACUAUAAGAACAACUUUGCUAUGAAUAAGCAAUGAAUGUCUGUGUAGCUACUACAUCAAAAAUAGAUAAACAACCAGGCAGAGCAUAUUCCAGCAAUAAAUAGAAAUAAAAUUGGGGGGGGGGAAAAUAACUUGUUUAAUUCCUUGAACUUGCUGAAUGAUUUCAUUUAUGGAAGCUAAUCUAGAAAAGUAAUGAUCAUCUUUGCAUUUCAAUUUGAAGACUCCCAUUUGCUGAGAUUAAAUGCAGGAUAAGACCGCAUGCUUUACUGUAAAUCCUAAGAGACUCAUAACAACUAGAGUGGCUUUCUUUGCCGAGCACAAAUGGAAACCUACAGUUUCCAAUUUCCAGCUUGACUGCAAAUCAAGUCUAAAUUCUCCAUAAUAAUUACUGUAGACCAAUCUUACUCAAUGUUUCAGGCGUGUUGAGAAAUGGUAAAUUAUUUCCACAAAAUGGACCCUAUAAACAGGUCCCUUCAUCUUGAAGAGCCUUUCUUAAUUUCAGCAGAUGGCUUUGUGCCUGCCUGCAGAUCCAUUCCUGCUUUUGCCCUGCUUUUCUUAAGAGCAGAUGGGGAAGCACAAGUGCUUCUAUUUUUAAUACUGUUUUAAAAAUCAAGAUAAAAUGUAAAAUGGUGAUGUGUAUUAAGCAAACCAUUAUUAUAAUUCGAUGCAUCAAGAUUGUAACCCUCUCCUUACUUUCAUCAGGGAAUAAGUCCAGUGCAUUGUGAGAGUGGUUUUUGAGGAGACAUAAACAUUGUGCUAUACAGUAAGUGAACUUCGUCAUCAGCAUGUAAAUAGAGGAAGUGCUUACUUGUAUAUAAAAUGUAUUUUUCUCCUGGUGCAUUUUGUAUCAGCCGGGGGGACGGCAAGCUCUGUUUGUCACAAGGCAACAUUAUCCACAGUGAUAUCACAGUCUUUAACAAAUAAUUCAACUAUUCUGUUCCUAGAACAUACUGCAGGGUUUGUAUCAAAUAUGUUGGCCCACAAACCAUAAAAUAAUUUUCACUUCCUUAAGGAUGCAUCAAAUGAGAGGCUGCAACUUUCACAUUUAUAUUCUCUUGGCUACAUGCUUUGCAUUUGAAGAUGAGGGUCUCAGGUCAUCUUUUCCUACCAUCCAACCAGCUUGAAUUCAACUGUGGGUGGCAGUUUUACCUCAAUGAAAAAGGGAGAUGGGAAUAAUUAUUACUCAUCAAUAGUGGGCAUACAGUUGCCAAAUUGUGUUUAGAUGUGGAGAGCGCCAGUUUUUGGAAAGGGAACAAAUGAGCAUGAAAUCUUGUCAGUUUUUUUUUUUUAAUCAAUCAGAAAUUUUGUCUUAUCUAAAUUUUUUUUGAUCUAUCUGAUGGACUAGACACAAAAAGUGAUGCUAUAUGUUAUUGGUAGGCAGCAAUAAUAGAAUCUUGCAAGAUGCUUUGUGCUUUCCUCCCCACACCCCCUUCAAUCCCACCAAGUCAGGGAGGGCUUUACUGAGUCUCUUAAUAAUACUACCUCUGUUCCUAGCAUUCAAGGUAUUUUUGUCACUUUUGCUUAUGUAACAGCUUAUGAGAGCCAACUCUACAAAUAAAGUGUAUUAAUGUAUCAUGGUAAACAUAGGUGCUAGUGUAGCAUUUGAAAUCUUCUAAUUGCAUGCAGUUUAACAAGUGCCAUGAAAAGGAUUGUCUUAAUGCCUAUUUCUGUUGCCUAAUUCUCUUCUGAUCCUAUGAACAUCUUAGACUUUGUAUAUCAGGGCAAAACCAGGAAGCAGAAUCUUCCUUUCCAUGAAAUAAUAGACUUUAUGGAGGGCAGAGUACAUUAGAACACACAAUGGAUUAAUGUAAUGUCAAGAACUAUGGAGGAUUAAAGUAUUUGAUACCUUCCUUAAGGACGCUUGUGGAAAAGCAGCAGUUAAUUUUCCCCAUGGUAUGUUUGCUUGCAGCCACCUCUAUUCUGUCAGGAAAAUGGGGGCAGUUUUCACUCAUAAUCAGAGGCUGUAGAGGGCCAUAUACGAUCUAGCAUAAGGAUGUCCAACCUUGGCAACUUUUAAGACUUGUGAAUUUAUACUCCCA